AAAUGGGAAUCAUAUUGAGAAGGUCUGAAUAGGGAGGUGUGACGUAAAGAGAGGACACAAGGCAGGUGCUUAUCUCUGAGCAGUCAGAGGCACUGGAUGUCAUAUCAUGGGAACUACCUUUCAAAGAAACAGCUUUAGUGCUUCCGUUCAGCACACAAGGGAGGAGAGAAAUAUAAGUUUUGGAAACGAACAAAAAAAGCCCUCAGUUUUGUGAGAUUCCUUGAAAGACUGUGAAAACCAUUUUACAUGGCUGCGUGCUCAUAUCGAGUCUAAGUAGCAAUGGAAACUCUCCAGUUCAAAUCCAGUGGAUGCUAGGGAAGGAAACUAAAUCUGAGAGUGGUGUUUGGAGCUUGAAUUAGCAUCCCAAACUUCUGAGAGGAGCCUGCCAUGCAUUUUGCAUCCCAACUGGUUCUAUUGUUGCAAUCAAACAAACUAAGAACUCCCGAGUCCUGUGCUACUUUUCAAUCCUUACAUCCCGUGCGAUAAUCUGCUCUAUCUCUUGAGGGUUUUAUCCCCAUUACUCCCCAGGAACUCGAGUUGCUGAGAAUGAAUUGCAGGAUUUCUCACUAAAGCAGACAAAGGUAUUCAGUCACUCUGAGAGAGGAAGGAAAACCAAGUUAGCGUACAAGUUACCUGGAGAAAGAGAGAGAUGGACGCAGAGGCUGAAGAUAAAACGCUGCGUACCCGUGCGAAAGGAACCAAGGCACCAAUGGAUUCUCUAAUCCAGGAGCUCAGUGCUGCACAUGACUGCUCCACGGCCAAGAAGAGGAGAGCCGGGGAGCAGGCUCUGGGGGUGCCGGUCAACAAGAGAAAGUCCCUGCUCAUGAAGCCCCGACACUACAGCCCCAGCGUGGACCGCGAGGAGGGACGGGCUGAGCGGACGGCGGAGGCGUUGGGGCAGGACGGCGCCCCGGAGACCCACCAUCACCCCGGUGCAGAAGAAAUCAUGAUAAAACCCAUGGAGGAGAAGCUUCAUUCAACUGCACAAGAAAAUUCCGAUGGGAAGCAAGACAGAUACGGCCGUUAUCAAGAACUCGUGGUCAAAUCGCUAAUGCAUUUGGGGAAAUUUGAAAAUAAUGCAUCUGUUCAGACCAUAAGUGAGAACUUAAAUGACAGUGGCAUCCAGUCUCUAAAAGCAGAGGGGGAUGAAGUGGAUGAGUGCUUUAUGGUUCAUUCCGACGAUGGAAAAGACAAAAUCAACGAUUCCCAGCUGCGGUUCUGCUCCUCCGAUGACAACGAAAGUAACUCUGAAAGUGCAGAGAAUGGUUGGGACAGCGACUCCAACUUCUCAGAAGAAACCAAACCUCAGAGAGUCCCAAAGUAUGUUCUCGUGGAUGAUAGGAAAGACCUACUGGAAGUUCCUGAAAUAAAAACUGAAGGUGACAAGUUUAUCUCUUGCAAAAGCACAUGUGAUUCGGAAACAGAAAGGAGAGAGCCACAGCACGCUCCCGUGGACCCGUCGGAUGGCCAAGCCCAGCCCUCGUUCCCUGGGAGUAAGGAGGAUGAUCACAGGCACGGGUGUCCGGCCGCGGGGGUGGAGGAAGCCGCUGCCCUGGAGAAAACCAAGGGGAACUUGAGUUUGCUGGAGCAGGCGAUCGCCCUGCAGGCUGAGCGAGGCUGUGUUUUCCACAGCACCUACAAGGAGCUGGACAGGCUUCUUCUGGAGCAUCUGUCGGGGGAGAGGAAGCAAAACAAAGUCAUUGACGUGGGCGGAAGACAAGUCUUUACCAGUAAACAUUCACCGAGGCCUGAAAAGAGGGAGACCAAGUGCCCCAUCCCCGGGUGCGACGGCACAGGGCACGUGACAGGGCUGUACCCUCACCACCGCAGCCUUUCAGGGUGCCCUCACAAAGUGCGGGUUCCCCUGGAGAUUCUUGCCAUGCAUGAAAAUGUGCUCAAGUGCCCCACCCCGGGAUGCACAGGACGAGGGCAUGUGAACAGCAACCGCAACACGCACAGGAGUCUUUCAGGUUGUCCAAUUGCUGCAGCUGAAAAAUUGGCAAUGUCCCAGGACAAAAGUCAGCUGGAUUCUGCCAAAACCGGGCAGUGUCCUGAGCAGGGUCACAGGACAAGCUUGGUGAAGCAAAUCGAGUUCAAUUUCCGAUCCCAAGCCAUCAUCUCUCCCAGAGCUACGGUGUCAAAAGAGCAAGAGAAAUUUGGAAAAGUACCUUUCGAUUAUGCCAGUUUCGAUGCCCAGGUUUUUGGUAAACAUCCCCUCGUACAAACAGGUCAAGGCCGAAAAACACCACCAUUUCCUGAAUCGAAGCAUUUUUCCAAUCCAGGGAAAUUUCCUAACCGGCUGUUGAGUGCGGGCACUCACACACCGAGCCCCGGCCGUGCCAGCUCUCACAGCCACGGUCAGCGCGGCGAAGACACCCACGUAGCGGCAGCUGCUGCCAUCCUGAACCUCUCCACCCGCUGCAGGGAAGCUGCAGACAUCCUCUCCAACAAACCGCAGAGUCUGCCUGCCAAGGGAGCCGAGAUAGAAGUGGAUGAAAAUGGCACAUUGGACUUAAGCAUGAAAAAAAACCGAAUCCUGGACAAAGCUGCACCCCUAACUUCCACUAACCCUUCUGUUCCAACUGCUUCCUCUUCCCCAUUCAAAACCAGCAGCCUGUUGGUCAAUGCCGCCUUCUACCAGGCCCUCUGUGAUCACGAGGGCUGGAACACGCCUAUCAACUAUAGCAAAGCUCACGGGAAGACAGAGGAGGAGAAAGAGAAAGACCCAGUGAGCUCUCUAGAAACUUUAGAGGAAAAGAAGUUCCCUGGAGAGGCCUCCAUACCAAGCCCUAAACCCAAGCUCCACGCAAGAGAUCUCAAGAAAGAACUAAUCACCUGUCCAACGCCAGGAUGCGACGGGAGCGGGCACGUCACAGGCAACUAUGCAUCUCAUCGCAGUGUUUCUGGAUGUCCUUUGGCAGAUAAGACUCUGAAAUCCCUCAUGGCGGCCAACUCUCAGGAACUCAAGUGUCCCACUCCAGGCUGUGACGGUUCGGGGCACGUGACUGGAAACUAUGCCUCCCACCGAAGCCUGUCCGGCUGCCCUCGUGCCAGGAAAGGUGGUGUCAAGGUGACCCCUACGAAGGAAGAAAAAGAAGACCCUGAACUCAAAUGCCCUGUGAUCGGGUGUGACGGCCAAGGUCACAUAUCAGGUAAAUACACAUCCCACCGCACGGCUUCUGGCUGUCCCCUGGCCGCCAAGAGACAGAAGGAGAACCCUCUCAAUGGGGCCCCCCUCUCCUGGAAGCUGAACAAACAGGAACUUCCCCACUGCCCGCUGCCCGGCUGCAAUGGGCUGGGCCACGUGAACAACGUGUUUGUCACCCACAGGAGCUUAUCUGGAUGUCCUCUCAACGCACAAGCCAUCAAGAAGGGCAAGGUCUCUGAGGAACUAAUGACCAUCAAGGUCAAAGCAUCUGGAGGUAUAGAGAGUGAUGAAGAAAUUAGGCAUUUGGAUGAAGAAAUAAAGGAACUCAAUGAGUCCAACCUUAAAAUUGAAGCAGAUAUGAUGAAACUCCAGACGCAGAUCACGUCUAUGGAGAGCAACUUAAAGACGAUAGAGGAGGAAAACAAACUGAUAGAACAGAGCAACGAGAGUCUGCUGAAGGACCUGGCGGGCCUGAGUCAAGCCCUCAUCUCCAGCCUCGCUGACAUCCAACUCCCGCAGAUGGGGCCCAUCAGUGAGCAGAAUUUUGAAGCGUACGUCAACACGCUCACAGACAUGUACAGCAAUCUGGAACGGGACUAUUCCCCAGAAUGCAAGGCUCUGCUGGAGAGCAUCAAGCAGGCGGUGAAGGGCAUCCACGUGUAGGAGCACAGCGCCACGGGCCGCGGACUCUCCACCGGCAGCCGCGUGUACGGAUCUGGAGGGCCCCCGGCCGCUAAGGCAGGCAGGCGCCGUACUGCAUCUACAAUUGCAACAUUGCACUAAUUUUCCCCCCCCCCAGCUAACGUGAAAAGGAAAGAAAAACUAUGAUAGACUCUUUGGAUGAAAAGCAAUGCAGUCAAAUAUUAGAUCUUAUUUAUUUUCAUAUGCUUUCCUUUUAUUUCUUCAUUGCACUCUUUUGGGUUCUUUUUGUACAGUAUAUGUAAAAUAAACGUGACAUUUUUAUAUUUUAUUUAUUUCUAAUCAAAGAGUUUUUUUAUCUUUUAAUUGCAUUUUGAAGUCUGCCAUAUUUUUACAAGUGUGUUUAUUAAUUUAUUUUCCAAUAGAAUUUAAAUAGAAAUGCUCUUCUCAAAUCACAUACUUUGCUGGGUUUAAAGGAGAAGACAGAUAAGAAUGAAGGAAAUCCUUGUCUACGGACUGCACUGUGGUCUGGUUUGACUUUUAUUGCACACUUCUACCCCAACCCCCAUCCCACCUUCACUGGCUUUGUGUUUAUAGACAGGCUUAGGUAAGGUGCGCAGGAGGGACAGCAAGAUAAAAGGCGCCCACUCGUGGGAUGUGCGCCCUCACAGAAGCACAGUAGACUGGAAAACAGCCUGUUCCAAAUCUGUUAGCAAUAAUUAAACAUAGCAAUCAGCAAAGUAUUCGACUUGGCUGUACGGUUUCAAUUCAUAUGAAUUAUUUAUUUGAAAUGGUUUAAAGAAACAAGCUUUUUUAGUGAUGCAGGUUUGUCCAUUUGUCUUUCAAGUCACACCAGACAGUGGGCAGCUCUGACCCUGAGAUGAGAAGUAAGGCUUGAUGUGACCAGCCAGGCUUUCCUGCCACACGUUGUCACAAUAUACAAGGGACGAUAUUGAUGUAGAUUUGUACUUAGCAAAUGUAAACGCAUCCAAAUGGAAAACUGUGUAGAUACCAUAUCCCCUGAAAUAGCAUUUAUCUUACUGGGUUGACUGGGAAGAAAUGGAAAAUAUAAUCACACAUGCAAAAAUGGUACCCAGAUCUGAGUCGUUGCUUGAAACGCUGGCGACAUUGUCUCAGCCUCCUUAGGCAGCCAGACAGCUUUCAAUUUGACAGAAGUCUUUCUGCAGAACAACAAGUGCUACAAAGCACACGCACUCGCAACCCACAGACAGACACACUCACAGACACGAAAUUGAGCCCACAAUCUUGCAUUUCUGGGUGGAUCAGAGUUUAGGAGUUGCUAUAGUAAAGGCAAUGUCUAUUUCAGGGAUUGUAAAGUAGUUAAGCAUUGUUUCAAAAGUUUUUUUAUAUUUAUUUUUUUUAAGAAAAAGGUAUAGACAACCAGCUAAACUGCCUUUUUGCUGUGCACACACCCCGGGUGUGCAACGUGCCUCUGUGUAAAUGGGCUUGAUUUCUGUGCUGUAAUGAAGUGUUUAUUUUUCUUAGCCUCCUGGGUGUGUAGACUGAAUGCGAUGGCGCUCACAGGCUUGAUGUUUUCCACUGUUAUUACUGUUACUGCACAAACUACAGCACCGUCCACGGUGAUUUCACCCCAUGCCACUGGUCAUUGUUCUCUAUUAAGUGGGGCUUAUCUUUGGUUUGGGGUUCAUUUGAACCCUGACUCUUAGUCUAGUGAAAAUGAGAUGUCUGUUCUUAGGUAGGAACGGUGGGUAUUUAAAAAUCAUCUUUAAAAAAAAAGAGCUACCAUGUGUGCUGUCUAUUAUAAAUGGGACACCAAACAAAAUUUUCUAUUAAAGUUAUGUACUUGCAAACAUUUUGCUGUACAGUCCUUGAUAGAUGCACACGGAUGAGUUCACUUAUUACAAAGACAAAAGUUUAAUUUGCUAAAUAUUUUAACAAGUUUGUUAUAUAUUUUAUUUAAUUUAAAAGAAACCUCUUACCGAUCUAUGUAUUUAUUAUUAUAAUUUACUGUGACUUCAAGUUCGUUGAUUUGUGUUUGCAUAGUUUGAACAGGACGUUUCUGUGAAAGAUGUUUGUAUUUAUUUGCCUCCUUUGUACUUGAUCUGUUUUGUAAUGUGCACUGAAUUUUUUUUUUCUUUCCACUAUGUUAAUGAUCGAUACUGUAAAUUGGGUCUUUUGUAAACAACAGAAAGGCAAUGAUGUACGCAUUUUUUUAAUUUGAAGUAGUUUGUACACUGUUUCUUCAAACAAUUAAUAUUUCUUACAUCAAAGCAACCAACUGUGUUCAGUGCUGUACAUUUGGUGUAUGGUAGGAAAUAAAAAUUGAUAAGAGUU